AUGCCGCCCAAACAGCAGCCAAGUAAAAAGACGGAGCAAAAGCGAAAGGAGAAAGUCAUCGAGGACAAAACUUUCGGCCUGAAGAAUAAGAAAGGCAACAAGAACCAAAAGUUUGUGGCGCAAAUUGAGAAUCAGGUUUCUUAAAAGGUGUAGAAAUGUUUUUACCGAAAAAAUUGAGAUGCGAAACAACAACAAGAGGGUAGAACCAGCGAAACCAGUGGCUAAGAAGGACGAACUCAUCGACUUGAACAGCUUAUUACGGCCGGUGGAGCAGAAAAUCUCUAAAGGUUCUCGGAAAAAACUGUUUUUGAUGAGAUUGAUUUGAAGAUGUUGACCCGAAGUCGAUGGUCUGCAUGUUUUUCAAGCAGGGCCUUUGCGGCAAGGGAAACAAGUGCAAGUUCAGUCACGACUUGGCCGUGGAGCACAAAACGGCCAAAAGGAAUUUAUACGUGGAUAGCCGUGAAUUGAAAGAGGAGGAGGAUGGUUUCUACUUUGAAGGAAGAUUUUGAGUGAAAAGCGGUUUUUGCAGCGAAUAUGGAGAAUUGGGACGAGGAGAAGCUUUCCGAAGUGGUUUCGAAAAAACACGGCGAUGCCAAUAAGAACAAGACUGAAAUUGUUGGUUUCAUGAUAAGUUAUCUAAGAAAAAGAUGAUUUUCAGGUUUGUAAGUUCUUCAUCCAAGCGGUAGAAGACAGCAAGUACGGUUGGUUCUGGGAAUGUCCGAACGGCGGCGACAAAUGUCAAUAUAAACAUUGUCUACCUGAAGGGUUUGUACAUGGGGAAUAGGAUGAUUCUCUCAUAAUUAUUGCGUUUUUCAGUUAUGUUUUGAAAAAGGAUAGGAAAAAGAUGGACGAACAGAAGGAGGAACAAAUUAGUAUCGAGGAAUUGGUUGAAACAGAGGUUAGUUUUAAAAAAGUGAAAACAAAUGUUUCUGGACUUCUGAAAGUCCAGAUAAAAGUUUCAACCUACUUCUGCGUGAAAAGGUUUUAUCGACCUGUUGAGAAAAAUUUUAAAAAGUUUUUUUUCUCAUUUUCUUUAAAUAAACUGCGUUUUUAGAUUCUGUUGAAAAAAAAUUAUCAAUUUCCCAUUCAGAGAGCUGCAUUGAGCUCGAAAAACCUCACGAAAAUCACCUUGCAAUCGUUCGUCGCGUGGAAAAAGAAAAAGCUCCGCGAGAGAAAGCAAAAAGAAGAAGAGGAGCUCAAGGCGAAAAAGGACAAGGUCAAGGCCGGAAAGCAGGUGAAAAAUCGGGCUUUAAGACGAAUUUGAGGGAAAAUGACUGUUUUUAGCUUUUUUUUUUUCUGUGAGAAAGUCCACACAUGCAUACACAAUCAUUUAGUCCUCAGAGAAGAUUCUCUGCUAAAUCAUGGAAUAAUAGAAAAGUUGUUUGUCGGUUCGCGAAACUGUCGUUUAUCUCCGGAUUUUGUGUAAAGAUUUUCACAUGGAGACUUUUUCGAUAGGCUUCUGCUGAAAAAUUGAUAAAAAUUUCUAGAAGAAAACAUGCCUCAGAAGAUUUUGAAAAAUAAUGUUUUUAUUUUUAUUUUUUGAAAACUCGAUUGGGAUUUUCAAAUCUUAAACUUGAAUAUUUUUUUGAAGAAAUUCUGCAAUUUUAAAUAUUUCUUUCUGAUAGAACCCUCCACAUUUUUCGGAGUUUGAAUUUGCGAAUAUUUUCGCAAGAAAUUUUCAAAAAGUAUGGUUUUUUCAAUCUAUCACUCAUUUUCAAUAAUCAAGUACACUUUUUUUCCAGCUUUUUUUAAAAUGUUAAAUCUUUAUUUUUGUGUCAUAGAAAUUUGUGCAUUAAACGAUUGGAAAUCAUUGUUCUUUGCAGUUGGGAAUGUCUGGCCGCGAUUUGUUCACAUUCGAUGCUUCAUUAAUCGCCGACGACGAUGAAGCUGGCGACGUCGAAUUCGAGAAGGAGGAAGUUGAUGUAAGUCAUCGAGGAGAAUUAGCUUCGAAAGUGGACUUUUAGGGAUUUUUCGUGAGAUUUUUAACGUGUCUUUUUCCCUAUCCAAUUUUAAAGCUAGAAGGUCGGAAAAAAAGUUUCUGAAGAUAUGAAAACGGUUGAAAUUCAAAAAAAGAAACACACUAAAAAAAUGAAAAGCACUGUUCGUCACAAUCUUUUUUUGAUGAGUUUCAAAAAAAUAUCUCUACUUUUAAUUAUCUCGAUGUUGAAUCUUGAGUUAUUUUUUUCAGUUUUUCGAUCCAUUUUUUUACAGUUUCUUUUUACAUAUAUUUUCUUCAGCCGGACGAGAAAGUGUUCGAAAUCGACGCGAACUUCUUCAAAUUCGAAGGAAUGGACGACGAAUUGGACGAGGAAAUGGCCAACUCUGCGACAGCGACUGAGGCGACGGCUGGAGGUUCAUUUUCCAUUCCAAAUGCUCUUUUUCGAUUUUUAGUUCGAUCAUGGUUCGAAAAUCUUGUUUCCCCCAUUUUUUUUUUUUUUCCAUGAUGAAGCUUUCGCGCAAUUUCGCGCUUUUCAUAUUGGGAAGUCCGAAAAAAUAGCAGUUUUUCUUUCGUUAAAAAAUGCGCCUGUGUGUAUGUUUCGGUUGUUUUGAAAUUAAAAAAAUUCUCAUUUUAUAUCAUCAAUGUCUUGUAAUACGAACGUUAUUUCUUCUCACAAAGCCCUAGAAAGAUCUUUAUCAUAGAAAUGUUUGAAAGGGUCAGAUAAAUUAGAAAAAACCAACUUCUGACCUUUUUCCUACUUAUUUUUUCUGUUUCAUAGUUGAAAUCGAACCCUCAGUUCGAUUUUACACUGAAAGAAGCUUACAGAGAAGUGUUAGGAAAACGUUUUCUCAUCAAAAUUGUUCAGGAAUAUCGAAAAUGGCGAUCAAUGAGGACCUUUUCGAUAUCGACGAAGACGUGGAAGGCUUGGACUCCGACAGCGAGGACGAUAGUUGA